CAUAGCAUCGUCUCUUGCUCGACACGCAGCCUCUGCUUCUGGACUUCCUCCAGUUUCAGGCUGUUUGUGGUUAUGGCCUUCCGCCGCUCUCUGAUCUGCUCCUGCGAUUUAACGAGAUCAAAUACAGAGUCAACAAAUGUUGCACAGUGAUUGGGAACACCUAUAAAGCGAGGCGAUUGCAGAUAAAAUGGCAACACUGAAGACAAAGCUGACCUGCAAAGAUGGACCGGAUUAUCCUUUUGUGCGUGGUUUCCACCUAUCUCUCAGCUGUUCAUACCCAGAAAUUUUUGUUCAGUCCUAAAUGGGGCCCCAUCGGCUACAAAGAGCGCGAAGAGCACGAUGUUGGGGCGGCAAUGGAUGAAAUCAUUAAAGCUAAUGAGUUCCAAACUUCCAGAGUCAUUGACGGCACAACCAGCCUCAGAGAGGGAGACAUUGCUGUCUCCGCCGGAAGGCGCUCCAAAGUCUGCUUUGCACGGAGCUGCCUCUGGUCGAAGUCAGUGGACGGACAUGUCUACCUUGCAUACAGACUAUCACAUGAAUACUCUGAGAUGGAGACAAAGUUGAUAAAGAAAGGCAUGGAGAACAUAGAGAAAGGUACCUGUGUGCGGUUUGUUCCUUGGACCCACCAGCGAGACUACAUCGAUGUCCAGCCAAAGUCUGGGUGUUGGUCCUACCUUGGUGCACGCGGUGGAAGACAGACCGUAUCUCUCCAGAGCCCUCACUGCCUCCAAGUUGGAGUGAUUUCCCAUGAGUUCAUGCAUGCCCUGGGCUUUGUGCACGAGCAGUCUCGCUUUGACCGGGACAACUAUGUCACCAUCAUGUGGCCAAACAUUUGGAGGGAUCGUUUGAGGAAUUUUGAGAAAUUCCGGACUGACAGUCUGGACCUACCAUAUGACUACGGCUCAAUCAUGCACUUUGGGAUGUAUGCCUACUCUCAGAGUGGCGAGCCAACCAUCAUUCCUAAGAACAGAAAGGACAUUAAGCUGGGCCAGGCGUCGACUCUCAGCCACAUUGACAAGAUGAAAAUCAACAAGCUUUAUAAAUGCGGUGGCAAGGAUGAUUAUUAACCAAACCAAGUGGAAGUGAAACUGUAUUGGAAGCUAAUAUAAGAAAUUGCUAUUAAGUCCUGGAAACAGUUCCAAUAAAAAUUAAUCCAAGCUUUCUGUCAGCAUUUUCCUCUGUGUGAGUCUAAACAAGACAUAUUGCUUAUGUUAAGAAAGUUAUAGUAAAGUGAUGUGUGAGAGGAACACUGACAGUCAUUAUAACUUUGUUUAAAGUAGUCAUCCAAGUGUCACUAUAUACCCUAUAUAUAUAUAUAUAUAUAUAUAUAUAUAUAUAUAUAUAUAUCCAGC